AUAACUGCCUAUUCUUAGACAUGGUUUGAUCAAGUUACAGCUGAAUUUUCAAAAUUAUUAUCAACGGAUACACCCAAAUAUUUAUCGAAUGAUUUCGAUGAUAAAAUCAAUUUACUUAAACGUGAAACCAAUUAUUUACUUAAUAAAGCCCAACGAUUUGUUCCAAAACCAAAACCAACAACAACGACGACAUCAAAAGUACCAGUGAAAGAUGAAACAAAAAUCGAAGUAGAAGAAGAAGAAGAUAUAUCAACUACAACUCCAAUUCCUGAACAACAACAACAACCACAAGAAGAAGAGACUGAUGAAACAACAACAACAACAACAGCUCAACCAAUAACUGAAGAUGAACAUCCAGAAUUAUAA